AAAAAAAAAAAAAAUAAUAAAAAAAAUAUUUUUUUUUUCAAAAAUGUCUAGUAAUAGUAGUAAUAGUACCGACGCCUCACCUAUAAAUAUCCCAACAAUUCGUCAGAGAAGAGGUGGAACAGGAACUAACAAUUUAACAAACCUUGCAACUUCUCUAGCUGAUACAUUACAAUCAUGGACAGGAAAUUAUAGCCUCACCGCUAGUACAUAUAUGAGCAACAAUAUAGCGGUACCAGCUUCAUUCGUAGGAGAUAACCUUGAACCAACUGGAACAUUCGGACAAGCUAAUUUUAGACAAGGAAGAUUUAAUCAACAUCUAGGAUCUCUUUCUACAAAUCAAAGUUAUCAUACGGCAUACCUUUCACCUAUCCCCUCAAACUAUGGAUCAAUUGCACGAAAUUCUCAUUAUUCAAACUUAAACCCAAUUAGUGGAAGUAUAACGGAAGGUGGUGACUUCUUAGGAACUUCAUUUACUAGUAAUCGUUAUAGUUCUAUGUGGAGAAAUACUGCUAUUGAAGAAUAUAAGAAUCGACCAACGAAAAUUCAAGAACAUUCUCCUUUAAUCCAAACCGAUUCAAACAAUUCGUAUGUUCCAUUAUCAAAAGUUGCAGAAAUUGAAAUUCCUGAGCGGAUUGGAUCAAAUUUUCGACAAUCAAUUUUCAAUUCCUGCAAUGUUUUAAUUGGUAUUGGAAUUUUAGCAUUGCCACUUGGAUUUAAAUAUGCUGGAUGGGUUCUUGGAAUUACAAUUUUCUUUUUUUGCUUGAUAAUAACGAACUAUACUGCAAAGGUCAUUAAAAAAUGUCUGGAUUACGAUGAAGGAUUAUACACUUAUGCAGAUAUGGGUGCUGUCGCGUUCGGUGAAAAAUCACGAAUGUAUAUCGCAGCAUUAUUUUGCCUUGAACUUAUUGCUUCUGGAGUAGCACUUGUCAUCUUGAUUGGAGACUCUUUACAUACAAUUUUUCCGGAUGUAUCGAAAGUUUUAUUGAAAGUUAUCGCAUGGUUGAUUAUGACUCCAUUAACCACGAUUGCUAUAAGAUAUCUUUCAUACUUCUCAUUACUUGGUAUAAUAAGUGCCAUGUGUUUAGUAAAUGUUAUGGUAAUUGAUGGAUUUGCCAAACGUGAAAUGCCUGGCAGUUUAGUUGAUCCCAUGGAAACUGACUGGUUACCUUUCCAAUGGUAUAAUGUUCCAAUGAGUUUCGGUCUAAUCAUGGCUGGAUUCACAGGUCAUGCUGUAUUUCCAAGUGUAUAUCGAGACAUGCAAAAUCCAAAACAAUAUCCAAAGAUGGUCAAUUAUACUUAUAUGUUAACAACUGUUAUUUAUUUCCUUAUGGCUGCAUGCGGUUAUUUGAUGUUUGGACGUAGUGUUAUGCAAGAGAUCACACAAAACAUAAUGGUAACAAAAGGCUAUAAUCGUAUACUUAAUCAAUUUAUGAUUUGGCUAGUAGCAGCUUAUCCGAUACCAAAAUAUGCAUUAAUUAUGAAUCCGAUUAAUUUAACAUGCGAAAUUUAUUAUCAUUCGAUUCCUCGAAUAGAAGAUUGGUGUAAAAACGGUAGGGGACGUCGUACGACACUUAAAGUACUUUCUCGCGUGUUGACAUCAACUAUCGUAUUGUUAAUUGCAUUAAAAGUUCCUGAUUUUGAUAGAGUUAUGGGAAUAUUAGGAAGUUUUUUCUCAUAUUUCAUUUCAGCUAUAUUUCCUUGUAUUGUUAAUUUGAAAUUAUUCGGUAGAAGAAUGAGUUUGAAAGAAAAGACUUUGAACAUUUGCAUUAUUAUUAGUUGUUGUAUCCUGAGCACGUUGGGUACCAUCUGGGCCUUCUUACCUACCAAGAUACAUCAUGAAAGUGUUUAGACGGAAGAGGGGAAAGUUAGUAAAAAGAUUAGAAUAUAGUUAAAUAUAUUACAAACAUUGGACGGGUUUCAAUUUUCAUAAAAAAAUAUAUCAUAUACUUCAUAGACAUUGCUAAAAAGGACAAUUUCUUUCAAAAAAAUUACAUAUAUAUACAUAUACAUAUUUAUUUUCUUAAAACAAAAAAAAAGUAGUAGAUUUUCUUUUUUUCAAAAAAAAACAAAAGUAGAUUUAUUUUUAAUAAAAAAUCCUGAUUGGGCUACACGUUCUUGAACAUUAAUUUACUCACGUGAUAGUCAGUGAAUUGCUUGAUGUGCUAAAUUGUUAAAUCGCUUUUCCAAUGUUUAUUUUUUUUUUGUUUGUAAA